UAUAUGACCUUUGGACCUUUGUAUUUAUAUUGCUUAGGCAUAGGAAGAAAUUUGCCAGUGCAUUUACUUUUAUACCUCUGUGGAAAUCAGGUCAUGCCACUCUAUUAAAUCCAUAAUAAUUUUGUAAUUAUUUAACUCAUUUGAAUCUAGCAGUGGGCAGCCAUAAUGUCCAAGCAGCUACUCUGUGACCAGAGAUCAUAAGUGAGAAGAUAAAGUAAUUGUGCUGCUGUUGGUGCAUUAAGCCUAAAUAUGUAAUCAACAUGCAGGUUUGCCUGUAUCUGCCCAUAUUUGUGAUCUCUGGGAUAUGGUUUCCAUCCACGGUAGAGGGAGCUGUCGCUAUGAUGAUAGUGGAGCCAAAUGAAGACCAUCCCGGUAAGUGUUACGACCCUGAAACCGAGAGGGCAUACGCCGUCGGCGAGAAGUGGCGCAUCGGCACGAUUUGCGUGGAGUACAGCUGCUCUACCUGGCGAGAAAACAAGUUUAGGAUUUCGUUAACAGGAUGCGGGUUUGUGAAGGUGGAGCCACCUUGCACAGUUGUUGAAGAUUCUGGCUCUGCUUUCCCGGACUGCUGUCCGAAACCCUUGUGUCCGAAUCAAAGCCGUGGAGGAAUGAUAGAGCCACGUUAAUGACCGAGUGGUACAGAAUCUUCCUUGAGCAGUGACAACCAUUUACUCAGAACUUUCAAUUCUUACCACGACUUACACACGAGAUAACAUUUAAUAUUAUUCUCCCAUACACUUUUAAGUUUCUUAUGGUCUCUUUCCGUAAGUUGUUACAUCUGCAGUACGUGUUCUGCCAACUCUAAUCACCAUCGUAUGAAGAGCAGGCCUGCAACACUUGCGAUGUUCUCUGUCCCUUCGUUGUUUCAUGUGCCUCAGAACCAAACGUUCUUCUCAGCACUGUCGUCUUAAAUACCCUGUGGAAUUCGUAAAUAAAUAAAAUUAACAUAAUUCUUCUCCCCCCUUUGUCUCCUGAGUAUGUACUGUAGAAUCCAUUAAUAAAAACUUCCAAGCGCAAUAUA